AUGUUUUGUGAUUCAUCUAAUUUUCCAAUUUCACCCAAAAUACAGUCUCUCUGUAUUGAUCAAACGGAUAAAAAGAACAUUUUAAAUGCGCUUUGUUUGUUUGAUGAUGUCUUACCUUGUAGUGAACAGAAUGAUCACUUAGAUUAUUCCACUUGUUUUCCCCCAGAUGUAGAUGACUUGUUGAAAGAAGAAACGUCAGUUGGUUAUAAAGAACAAGGCACUCUUGUGAAGAAAGUCAAGGAUAGAGUGAGCCGUUCGCAUGACAAUAUAAAAGGACCACCCAUUAAACGAAUCAAGCAUGGUGGUACAUUUACAGAUCACGAACGUUCUAUUAUUUUACGUCGCGUAGCUGAUAUUAUUUCUUUCGCUCAACAAAAAUGUCAUCUCCAUAUUCACUCUUUUUUAUCAGCGGUAGAGAACAAGAAAACAAAAUGGAAAAAUGUGUCAAGUCCUGCGAAAAAAUGCAAUCUCUAUUCUGAUGAAGCUUUACAGGUUUUAAAUGCCAAACAUUCAAACAAGUCUUAUGGCGGACUAACGAUUAAAGAACUGACAUUAAUUGUUUCCGUUUAUGCAUUGUGUGGGAGAUGUUGCACAUUAGAGGAAAGAAAUAUCAUGCAGUCGAUAAUGGAAAAAGGUGAUGUGAGCUUAGCAUUGGCUAAUAUUGAAGCAUUCAUAAAAAUCUUGAGUCCACGCGUUAUAUGCAGUAAUGAAAAGAUUUCCUCAGAUAUAGUUCGUUUGGUUGCCAGUUUAUUGGAAUUCAAUUGUUCCAUACAACAAAAAGCAAUAUCAAUUGGAUCAACAUGUUGUUAUAAUUGUCAACAACCAUUAGCUGGCGUAGAAACUCAGAAUCAUGUUUGUGAAAUGUGUGGAGCUGUUGAACUCUUUGAUACAUAUCAAAUCACAAAUGACUUCCAAUUUGAUGAUUUGUUCGCUCCUGGACGUUCUUUCUUUAACAAUACUACAAUCUUUUCUCGAUUUUCCAGGUCGUCACAGGGACAGCAAAGAGUCAAGAAUCGAAUCUAUGAAGCAGUCCGGUCCGUUUGUCAAAAAGUUAAUAUUUUAUCAGAGCAACAAAUCACAAGCGUAGUGCAAAACGUGGUUCGUUAUGCUCAAUCGGGACGGACUGCUACAAUUAAAAAAAUCAUUGCUGCGUGUAUAUUCUUAUAUAUUCGGAACGAGCAAGAAAUUGUAUCAUUACCGCAAAUCGCUGUACCACUUGAUCUUCAUCUUUCCACUUUAACAUCUACAGUGCAGCGUGUAGUUCGCGUGCUUGGUUUACAGAACAUUGCCUCUAUUUCUUACCAAAAUUUAAUUAGUCACUCAAUUCAGUGCCUUUUAAAGAAAGACGAAGAGCCUUCUAGUGAAGCGACCACUGAUGAAAUUCGCCUAGUUGAACAACAAGCCGUGUGUGAAACUACACAAGGUCUCUCCUUUAAUACUACAAAUUUUGUGGAUACGUUAGCUUUAUUUGAAACGUCUUCAUCAAGCACUACGGUACCUUGUACCAUGAGGCAAAUGUCAGAAGAUCCAGUCUUGUCGAACAACGACAUUGCGAUUAUAUUUGAUAAGCUUAUUAAUGAUGAAAAUCUCAUAGCAGCACCAAAUGCCGUUGAUAAAAAUGUUUUGUGCAUUGAUAAACUUUUAAACGAAGGUAACAGGGAGAAGGAAUACGUCACCCAAAAUAAGCACGCCAUUCAAGUAUCUCAAAAAAUAAAGCGUAACAGGCGUAAAAAUAAGGAAAGUUUACUUUUCAAUAUAGAAGGUACCCAAAAAAAGCUUUGGAUUCGCACGACAGAAAUUCUUUACCAAUGUUUCUGUUCGUGGAGGGAGUUGCUACAGAAAAACAUGUUUAAUCAAAAUGAUGAAUUCUUUCAAACCAAAAGUGCAGCUGGUCAACUUUAUUUUGUAGCAUCUGCCAUGUACUAUUCAUCUGUUUAUUUAAAGCUCAAUGUAUUAACAAAAACAGUAGCAACAUCACUUGGCAUAAAUACUGGUACAUUUCACCGCGUGCGGAAAUUGUUUAUUAACGAUUUGGAAAAUAUUCUUCGUUACUAUGGUCUUAUUUCAGAUAUGACAGAAUUAAGCAGUUAUAGUAAAAAUAUGUGUAUAAUUCAAACGACAUUAUCUAACAACUAUAUUUUAAACUUUGAGAGUGAUAAAUAA